AUGGCCGACAUUAUUAGGAUUUCCAGUACUGCGAUUCAACUGCUUGCAGACAAGGUCAAUUCCGGAAUCAAGGAGGAGGCUGAGAAGUGGCAGAUCGUUGGGCGUGAUCUGGUGUUCAUCACAGGCGAGUUUGAGAUGAUGCAAUCCUUUCUCAACACUGCAGAUGAAGAGCACAUCAAGAACAAUGUGGUUAGGACUUGGGUGAGGCAGGUCCGUGACUUGUCCUAUGAUGUUGAGGACUGCAUUGAGUUCGUCCUCCACAUGGACACAAAACGCUCAUUCAAGACCUUGUGGCUCCGCUUGCUGAUGCAGUGUGACCUCUCAAAUCUCGUCAAAUUGAUCAACAAGGAUGAUAAUGACCUUCAAGUGAUCUCAGUAUGCGGAACAGAAGAUGAUCCUGGGAAGAUAUCCAUCAUCGAGAAUGCAUAUGUUGAUUCAACAGUGCUUGAGGAGAAUGGAUGCUAUCUGAAAAAGCAGAUGUUUACAGAAGCAGACCUUAUCUUGUCCAAGUGCGGCGGGCUUCCCAGAGUGAUCGCUGCCAUGGCAAGAUACUUGGCCACCAGACCAAGGGACUCACUCAAACAGGAGAUGAGGCAUCUGAGUGUCAAGUUCAUGGACGAGCUGGCGACCAACCCAGAGUUUGAUUCCUUGAGGGGCCUACUUGUCUGGAUGCGUUCCUUCUUACAUGCCUGCCCUCGACAUCUCAAGACAUGCGUGUUUUAUCUAUCAAUCUUUCCUCAAGACAUCACAAUCAGGAGAAGGCGUUUGGUAAGGCGAUGGACCGCCGAGGGCUACUCCAAGGGCACCGACGGCAUUAGCAUGGAGAAGUACAGAGAGAAGCUCUUUGAUGAGGUUGCCACUCUGAGCAUCAUGCAGCCUGCGCUGAGCCAGGAUGGUAAGGUGACUGGGUACCGCGUCAAUGGUUUAUUCCGCGAGUACAUCGUCUCGCGGCCAGCAGAAGAGAAAAUCUUCUUCCCGGUUGAAGUCUCCGCGCUGGAGGAGGAGCAUGUCUGCCUCACCAUAGAAGGCACAAGGCCGCAUCUAGCCGCCUGGACCGGCUUUGACAAAGGCGCACUCACUAUCACUGAUUACGCGGUUGUGUUCGAGAGCUUGGACUUCUCACGGCUGCGGUCACUGACACUGUUUGGAUGGUUUCAGCCAUACCACGUCUCGGACAGGAUGAGGGUGCUUCGGGUACUGGAUAUAGAGAACAUAAACUUGUAUGAUGGCCACCUGCUGUCUAUCGGGAGGCUGCCACCUCGCCUCAAGUUCCUCUCCUUGAGAGGAAACCAUGGAAUCUCAUGCCUGCCAGAAUCCAUGGGCCUGAGUGACAUGGUGCAGCUGCAAACCCUGGAUGUCAGAGACACCUCCAUUUCCAUGCUGCCACCGUGCAUCACCAGGCUGCAGAAGCUGCAGUACAUUCGCGCAGGUACUACCGCAGCAUGGACGCAUGAUGACAACGGCUUGGCCGCUGAAGAGCAGUCGACGUCAUCAAGUAAAUGCUUGCCAUUGUUCCGUAGACGUGGACCAGUUGGCUCUCGCAGUGGUGGCGUCGAGGUGCCUAAAGGAAUUGGGAGACUGAAAAGCUUGCAAACGCUGGGCGCUGCCAAUGUAAAUGCUUUCAUUCUGGGUGAGACAUCAUCCCUUUCCCAUCUGCAGUUGAGAAAACUCCGACUGUCUGGCAUCAGCCGCAAAACCAGAGGAAUGCUUGACUGGUGCAGCCAUCAUUUGGAAUCCCUGUCACUGCAGUUCGAGGAGAUCAACCAUUUCGUUCGUUGGGAUGACAUUGUACUUCCACUGACCCUGCGGAGUCUGAAAAUGUGCGGCCACAUAGAUCAGCUGCCACGGGUCAUCAAAGGUCUUCAUAAUCUCUUGAAACUGACUUUAGAGAUGACUACACUGUUCACACCCGAUGUUAUACAGAUUCUUGGGCGCUUAUCAAGUCUGCGCACUCUCCGCCUUCGUGUCAAUAAGGAUCAAAAUGGUGAGCUCCAGUUUCCCAAUGCCCUUUUCAGGAAACUCCAAGUCCUGGAGAUUGCCUGA